UUUCCAGACCAGCCAGUACCACCAUGGAGCCCGGAGAUUCUGAUACGGCCAGGAGCGCCUUUUCCGAUAAAACGUUCGUCUUCGAAGAGAGCACGACUGCGCCCAAGAAGAUGGGCGCCAGGAAAACGGAACAACCGAAGACUUGGAAUGUAAGGUCUCGGUUCCACAGGGCCAAGAAGGCCAAGACCGCCAGGAGCAGCAAGCCCAAGACCAAAGGUAAAAAGGCCGAGGGCAAGCAGCCACCAAACCGCUCGAAGACUACCUCCCCCGAUAUGUCCGAGGAUAUCUCUUGGCCCAAGGACUUUUGCAGGCAGCAGGAGGGUGAGCUCCGGUGGAAGAUGUUCACGGACGACGAGUACGCCAACUGGAAGGCCUUCAAGGAUAACGACUGCAAGGUGCCGCUGCGCUCGGUGUUCUCCUACCUGCAGGUCAAGCCCUAUCCCGUGGCCAUUGGCAAUGUGCCGCGCAAGAAGUCGGUGCCGUCUGUGCUGGCCGAUAUGGUGGAUGGCAACCACGGCGCCUACACCCGCAUCCAGAUCGGCGAUCAGCGGUUCCAGUGCAUCCCCAGCCUGCUGAAGUGCUAUUCGGUGUGGUUCUCUAACCGCGACUGGCGGAUGACGCGCUUCGAGUUCUGGGAGGAGGAGGUGCCUGCCAGCGGCUUUGCGGCUCUCUACGAUUGGAUGCGCACCAAGCAGCUGCCGGAGUUCAAGGUGGCGGUGGCCACACUCCAGGCUGCGCGCCACCUGCGCGUCCCGCUGCUCGAGAAGGACUGCUGGCAGGUAUUGUCCACCGACGAGGUGCGCGAAAAGAGGGCCUUCCUGGUCUUCCUGGAGGCCAAGGAGCUGCCGGCCCUGGGCGAGGUCUGCGAAGUGAUGCUCAGCCGGCUGCGCAACUACUUCCUGGCGCUGGUGGGCAGCCCCGAGUUCCUGGACCUGGAGAUCCAGGUGCUGGAGAUAUUACUACGUCAGGACGCCAUAGGCGUCAACUCGGAGAUGGAGGUGUUCUUUACGGUGCUGCGCUGGCUGGGACACUCUGUCGAGCCGUCGCGCCUGCCGUACAUGCGCCGCCUGAUGAACUACGUCCGCUUCCACCACAUGCCAAUGACCUUCUUGUUUAGCCUGCGCGAGUCCAUCAAUCGGGCGGACAAGGAUGAGCUCUUCCGGCCGGAUCCCGUGCUGCUGGCCUUCAACCGGGACCCGGAUACGAUGGCUUCGCUGGAGCAGGCCAUUUCCUUCAUCGGCGUGCGUUGCCAGUACGACGACAUCGAUGAGUUCCUCGCCGUCUGCGAGGACCACCGCAUCGGGGUGGUCUACCCGCGCCAGUGGGUCUACCAUCCCAACUGUCCGUACCACCACAGUCGCCUGACCUUCCCGUACCAGCACCGCUUUACUGUCACCGAGUUCACCGAGUAUGUCACCAGCAUCCAGGAGGUUUGGGCCGGCGAGGGGCCGGCGGACCACGGAAGGUCCCUGGUCCGCGACAUGGAUAAAGAUCCUAUGCUACGCAGGCAAAACGACUGGGAUGAGUAGAAGUGACAACCAUAUUUACAUAUUUUUUACGUUAUUUAUAGGUUUCAAAAACCCUAUCUUCAAGAGGUGCCUUAUUUACUGCUUGUAUCCUACUUUUCAAACGC